AUGAUGGUGGCGGCUUUCUUUUAUAUUUUUUUUUUAGGAAACGUUUUUUUACUCCCCCUCCCUCCCUCCCUCUCUCUCCCUCUCCCUUUCUUUCCUUCCCCCUCUCCCACCCUCCCUCACCCUCUCCUUCCGUCCUCCUCUCUUCCUCUCCCUUUCUUUCUUUCCUUCUUUCUUCCUCUCCCUCGCUCACCCUCUCCUUCCCUCCCUCCUUCUCCACCUCCCUGUCUCCCUCUCUUUGCCUCUCCCUCCCUCCCUCCUCUCUCCCUCUCCAUCCCCUCCCUCCCUCUCCCUUUCUUUCUCCCUCCAUCACCCCCUCCUUCCCCCCCUCCCUCUCUGUGUCCCUAUCUCCCUCUCUCUCCCUCCCACUACCACCUCCUCUCUCCUCUCUCCAUCUCCAUCCUCUCCCUUUCUAUCCUUCUCCCUCUCCAUCCCUCUUUUUUCCUCUCUCCCUCCCUCUCCCUUUCUUUCCUUCUUCCUCUCCUUCCCUCCCUCCCUUUCCCUCCCUCCCUCCCUCUCCAUGUCCCUGUCUCCCUCUCUCGCCCUCCCCCUCUUUCUCUCUCCUCUCUCCAUCCUUUCCCUUUCUUUCCUUCUUCCUCUCCUUCCCCCUGUCCCUCUCUGUCCCUUCCUUCCUUCCUUCCUUCCUUCCUUCUUUCUUUCUUUCUUUCUUUCUUUCUUUCUUUCUUUCUUUCUUUCUUUCUUUCUUUCUUUCUUUCUUUCUUUCUUUCUCUCUCCAUCUCCGUCCUCUCUCUCCCUCUCCCUUUCUUUCCUUCUUCCUCUCCUUCCCUCCCUCUCCCUCUCCAUGUCCCUGUCUCCCUCUUUCUCUCUCUCCUCUCCAUCUCCAUUCUCCCUCUUCUCCCCGCCCCACCCCACAAUAUCUCUGGCGGUUAUUCGGAACGCGAGCUCCGUUGGACUUCCGGACGGGGAAGCGGCGGCUUUGAAACACAAUUGGAGAGCUUUCAUUGGAGCGGAGGGCGAGGGAGGCAUUCCGGUUCUCGUCCCGCCGAAUCGGAAGCUGUUUUUCUAUUUUUGAAAUGAUCGCUUCCGUCAGUUUCCGUAGUCUGGGUGGAACACUUUCACUCCGGUGGUGGGAAUGUAUGCAAUGGCGCGAGAGUUUAAAUAGUAAAUUAUUGUUAUUUUUCCUUCCAUUUCUUUUUGUUACAAAACAGAGAAGGGUUUGUAAUCCGUGGGAAGAAAAUGGCAUCAUAAAACUCUUUAAAACAAGCCUGCAUAAUUUACCAAUCUUGGAAAUUCCGCUCUUUAUGCUCCGUAAAACUGUUGUAUAUUUUGGACGCUCAGUUCCCAGCACAUAUUCCUGGGAAAAAUUCCUGGGUGGAAGGGCCCUUGCCACUGGCUUCGGUUUACAAAAUUAGGUUCUACUCUUCCUGUAGCAUGGCUAGUCAACACAACAACUGAAGCAAUUACAACCCGGUCAACUGGUCACCCCAGAUUCGUGAGUGACCUGACAUCUUAGGAAAAGUUGAUUUUUUUAAAAAAACAAAACCUCCCCGUUCCUAUUUCCUCCUGCCCUCCCCGACAGCACUGUAUAAUUCGAUAAAAGGCCUGUGUUUGCCUAUCAUGCUGAGCCACCAAUCAUGGUUUAAAAGCCAUCCUGGUUAAGCCCAAGCCGACUGCCUUGGCUGCCUUGGUUUGCUGUGUGAACCGGGCUGUCACCGUUAGCCAUACUUCGGGGCAGCUUUGCUGGCUGGGGUAUUCUGGAAGUUGAAGUCCUCCAGGCUUAAAGUUGCCAAGAUUGGAGACCCCUGCUUUGGGGUGAAUCUUAACCACUGUGGGCUUGCUCACUUGAAAUAAACUCAUUGCUUAAGAUAAGCUGACUAGGCGUUUGGGAAGGGCCCUGGUUGCGUCUUCUGUUAAAUUAAGCAGAGCUGCUCAAGAUUGCAAAAAUCUGAAGGUGUUGUGUUGUGUUCUCCUUUUGCGGUAAGGGGCGCUUCAGUUGAUGGCUCCGGCAGCCCACAGCUAGAGAUUUUGGAUGGCUGGUUCCCCCAAACCUAGAUACUGCAAGUGCAACCGUUUGGAGGUCUCAGAAGAUUCGGAGAAGCUACCCCAAGUUUAGAGAGCCGUUUUUCUCUCUAGAGGAGAUGAGUGCUUUUAACAGCUCUUGGCAAGAGAGUAGACCCGAGUUUGUAAUCUUUGCAUCUUUUCUGAUCCCAGCUACCCUGUGAAUCUACUGCUGACUCUCUAUCUAUCCCAGAGAUCUAGGGUCCAGCCUUAGAGAAGGAUAUUGCUAACCCUUCUUGUUAAGCUUUAUUGUUUUAACCCAUUACGCUCUAUUGCCAAUCCCUUCUCUGUGUUAAAUUUUCUUGUUAAGCUCUAUGGCUAACUUUUCUUAAGCUCUAUAGCUAAGCCUUCUCCUUAAACUCUGCAGCUAAUCCUCUUUUGUUAAGCACUAUAGCUAACUUUCCUUGUUAAAUCGUGUGGCUAAGUUUACUUCUUAAGCUGUAUAACUUAAUUUUUCUCCUUGUUCAGAUCUGUGACUAACCCUUCUUGUUAAGCUCUAUAGCUAAGCCUCCUCCUUGUUAAACUCUAUGACUAAGUCUUCGAAGCUUUAUAGCUGAGCUUUUCCCUUGUUAAACUCUCUAGCUAACGCUUCUUGUUAAACUCUGUAGCUAAAUUUUCUUUUUAAGCUCUAUAGCUAAGCCUUCUUGUUAAACUCUAUGGCUAACUUUUCUUGUUUACAUUCUAUAGCUAACCAUUCUCCUCAAACUCUGCAGCUAAUCCUCUUUUGUUAAGCACUAAAACUAACUUUCCUUGUUAAAUCAUGUGGCUAAGUUUACUUCUUAAGCUCUGUAGCUAAUUUUUCUCCUUGUUCAGCUCUAUGACUAACCCUUCUUGUUAAGCUCUACAGCUAAACCUCCUCCUAGUUAAAACUCUAUGACUAAGUCUUCGAAGCUCUAUAGCUGAGCUUUUCUUUUGUUAAACUCUCUGGCUAACUCUUCUUGUUAAACUCUAAAGCUAAAUUUUCUUGCUUAAGCUCUAUGGCUAGCCCUUCUUAUUUAUCUCCACUGCUGAUCCUUCUCCUAGUUUCUUCUCCUUUCUCUCUUGGGCUGUGGCUGAAACCGGCAUUUGGUAAUGUAGUCUGGGGACCGAUCGGACGCCUCAAACGAUUGCGACAGUCGGGUGCGAGCGCGAGAAUCAGCCUUCUCCUUUGUGUAACUGUAAAUCUGCAAGAUGCCCUCCCCUGGCUGAGUGGCUCACCUAGCCCAUCCCGAGAAGUGUUAUAGGCAGUGAAUAUACCAUCAGGCGUAAAAGCUAAAGGAAAUCCCCACGCCUUGGUCCGAUUUUGAACUGGAUCUUGGUGCCAUUGCCCACAAGGGGUGAAUUUCCCUUCCACUAGCCAAGCCCCAGAUUCGGCUUCCUUCUGCACUGGGUGCACCCAAGUAGGUUUCAGACACCCUGUUAACCCUCUAUUAGUGCAAAAAAUUUUUGUGGGGGGGAGAAGGGUGGGGAGAAAAUGUCUUUGCAGGCCGAGUAGUCCCCAAACGGUUUGCUUGGAGAAUAUCAAACUCCCUGCUUAGGAGUUUUGAAUAAAUGUGAAUAAAUGCGCACCCGUCCUUCCAGCGGGACUCUGGGAACCCCCUGAACGGUAACGGCUCUCCAGCUGUUGCCCCUUAUAUCCUCUGCCCCCAUCCCCACCCCCUGAAAAAGUUGCCACGAUACCUGCCUGCUCCCUCUCGGCCCUUCUAUUCCCCCAAUAUCACCAACCUUCCAGGGGACAAUGUGCCUGCAAUAGAGGUUUGGUGCACUGCAGCAUUUUCACGAUGCAACCUGGUUAAGGGAAUGGAAAACGCUGCUCGCUCUAUCUCUCCCACCCACCCCUUUUUUUUUUUGCUUUCCCCUAAGCAGGUCAAAACUGAGAUGAUGGAAGCCGGGAAGAGGGAGGGGAGAGCGUUAUUCUCCAUUGAGCGUGCAAUGCCUUAAACUAAGUCAGCAACUUUCCUGUCCCCUGCCAAGAACAGCCAGAGGGCUGUGUGUAAUGGCUGUUGCUAUUUUUCUUUUUUCUUCUUUUUCUUCCAUUUGGGCAUUCAUUCGUUUUGGAAACUGGCAAAAAACAGCCUUCACAGGUCCAAAAUUCCAGAAACAGGGACUUGUGGGUAUUACCUAAAACCCAUCGGCCUCUCCUAAUCCUUUCCUCGCUGGAACAAGGCAGGUUCCGGGGCUUUUCAAAGUUUUGAUUUAUUUGGGGGAUUGCUUGAGACAGCUGAACAGAGCAAUGUUUUAUCAACUUUGGUGGUUUUACAAUGGAUGGAUUUCAACUCCCAGAAUUCCCCAGCCAGCCAUGCUGAAAGAUGGGUGGAAUUCUGGGAGUUGAAGUCCGCUUGGAGGGAUUUGAAGCGAUACUCCUUAAAACGGAGAUAAUUUUUCCUCCCCAUUUUUCAAGUUUUCUUCCCACAGCGGGUUUCAUAUACAGUACCACCUUUGCGAUAUUUUUAUUAUUAUAUUAUUAUUAUUGUUAUUAUUUCUCCUUCUCCCAGUGGGUUUUUCAAGCAUUUUUCUAGUCCAUUCCUGAAGAUUUGCGUUCUCGCACCUUAAAAGUUUUAAUCCAAUGAAAACUUUUAAACAGCAAGCGGGAUCAGUUCAGUCCUAGGAAAAACUUCUUGGUUUAAUCGGGGAAUAAAAGUUUAUUAUUUCUCUUCCUCUUCUCCAUUUCACUCCAAGGGAGGGAAGGGUAAAACGCGAUACGCUCUUUUAAAACCUCAAAACCUCCCAGUUUCUUUUUAAAGAAAAAAACACACAAAAAAGAAAGUACAUUUGGGGCUUUUUUAAUGGGGAAAUUUCAUUUAGGAACUCGGGGUGGGGGGUGGGGGCGGUUUGGUCCUUUUUUAAUUUUGUUUUUUUAAAAUAAAAUAAAAUAAAAUAAAAUAACAGUAUUUCUGUGAUAGGGGCUGAUACCAUAAUUGAGGGUUUUAAUUUCUCUCUAUAUAAUGUGAUUUCCCUGCUGUGGAUCAGGUGUAUAAAUUAAAGAAUUCAUAACGAAGCG